AUGGCUAUGUCUACCUCCAACGUGAGAAUGAUCAUUACAGCCGUUGUCACAGCCGCGGCUGUGGCAGCGGGUUCUUCGAGUUUUGGAAAGGAACUCACCACUACCACGGAGCAAAGUGCUGAAUCUCAAAUUCGACCAAUAUGCACAACCACCCCAGAUAACAUCUUGACCUCAAACCAAUACUUUAUCGUCUACGACCGUGCAUGGCGCACCAUCCACAAAAGCGACUUGCCAUCAGACCAAGAUCUGACAACCAUCCUCGGACCCGAUAAUGGAUCAUGGUCCUACGACCAAAAAUUGCUCACAACCUAUCUACGACGCAACAUGUCCGCUUUUGCGCGCUAUUUGCCACAGGCACGAAUCAUAAAAAUGAUUCUCCGCAAAGCGAACCCUCAAGCAUUGCCGACACUCAAUCCGGUGGUGAUCGAAAAGCUGGAUUUUGGCGUUGGGGAUGUUGUCUGUGGGAUUUAUAAAGUCCUGAGGAGGGAGGAUGCACUCCUGGAAUUUGGGAUUGAGCAGCUCUCUCCCAAGGCGGAGAGUCAAGAGAAGAAGACAGAACAGCAGUUUGACGGGAGAUUAGUCAUUGGUAUACGACCUGCUAGUGACAUCGACAGUGAUUCAGUGGAGAUAUACAGCGAAACGAUUAUGUGGAGAGACAAUACGAAGCCAAACAUAAUUAUGCCGUUGGAGCGAAAGAUUCCCAAAGUAAUGCAUGAGUUGGCUUCGUGGUGGUUACUUGAUUCUGGCGUCAAUUAUCUGAAGGGAUUGAAGGGGAACUAA